AAUUUUCACCCGUGAUGACAUCCAAAACUUCCAUUAAAUUAAACAGGACUGAAUGUUGACUCGUCCCAAAAUAUACAGAUAUGUUUCUUCUAUAAAUAUACUAAUUAACAUUCAGAUCAUCUUCUCAUUAUCAAAUUCUCGACAAAAAUAUAUAAAAAAAUCAGAUACAAUUAUAUCAGUCAGGAAAAAUGGAGAAAAGGGGUAGUUGUCUCUCAAUUGCAGUAUUCUUGGUCACACUUAUCCAUUUCAGAAAUUUUCCGAUUUCGUAUGCUCAAACGAAAGGGAAAAUCGUGACUGUUUUGAGCAUCGAUGGAGGCGGCAUUAGAGGCAUUAUUCCUGGCACAAUUCUAGGCCACCUCGAGGCCAAACUUCAGGAGUUAGACGGUCCAAAUGCAAGAAUUGCCGAUUAUUUUGAUGUGAUUGCCGGAACGAGCACAGGCGGGCUGAUCGCCACCAUGCUGAGUGCCCCCGGCGCCGACAACCGCCCGUUGUAUGCAGCGAGGAACAUCACUAGCUUCUACUUGGAGCACUGCCCCAAAAUCUUCCCAGAGAGCAGGCGGAGAGGUUUUGUGGGAAGGAUGACGAACAUGUUCGGCGGCCCCAAAUACGACGGCAAGUACCUGAAAGGAUUGGUUCAAGGCCUACUCGGCAACCUCACUCUUAGCCGCACCCUAACCAAUCUGCUCAUUCCUACCUUCAAUCUCAAACGCCUCCAGCCCCUUAUCUUCACCACCACAGAUGGAAAAGCAAAUGUUUCCAAGAAUGCUCUGUUAUCCGAUGUUUGCCUAGGCACCUCCGCCGCCCCUACUUUUCUCCCACCUCACUAUUUCGAGACCAAAGACGCCGCCGGCCAAACAUACACCUUUGAUCUCGUCGACGGCGGUGUCGCAGCAAAUAAUCCUACUCUAAUAGCCAUAACACACGUUUCAAAAGAAAUAUUGCUGGGAAGAUUCGAGUUAGUAGACAUGCAGCCGAUGGACAGCAACAGAAUGCUGGUGCUGUCGCUGGGCGCGGGCCUCGCCCAGCUCCAAGAGAAGUACAACGCUAAAGACGCCGCCAAAUGGGGCAUGCUCGGCUGGGUAUACAACGACGGCGCCUCCCCGUUGCUCGAGGUUUACGGCGACGCCAGCUCCGAUAUGGUCGACAUUCACGUCUCUACCGUUUUCCAGUCCCUGCGUAACGAACAAAAUUACCUGCGAAUUCAGGAGGAUAAAUUGGUGGGUGAGGCGUCAUCGCUGGAUGUUGCAAGUGUAAAGAAUAUGCAGACGCUUGUGCAAAUUGGUGAGGAUCUGCUGACGAAGCCGGUUUCCAGAGUCAAUUUGGAGACGGGCCGGCCCGAGCCGGUUCAAGGAGAGGGCACUAAUGGAGAAGCUUUGGCUCGCUUCGCCAAGUUGCUAUCAGAUGAAAACAAGUUUCGCCACUCCAAUUAAUUACCAAUAUAUACCUUAACUUUCACGAAUAAUUAUAUUAAUUAACUUUUUUGUUACCAUUAUCUUUGGGCUUAUAAACAUAAGUUGAUGUGAAUUUGUAUUGGAUGAUUCUUAAUUUUAUCACAAAAUUUCCAGUAAAUCCGGGUGUACAGUACACUCAGGUCGUACCCGAUUCGAAUCUCUGAUCCGGAUUUGACCCAACUGGACUAUUCUACCCGAAUGUCAAGUGUUAGUGUCAUUUCGAUAUAGUGUUAUUAUCAUUUACAUGUAGUGUUAAUGUCAUUUCAAUAUAAUGUUACUGUCAUUUUCGAAA